AUGCCCGUGCGAGAGAACCCCAUUGCGGCAUUAUCGGUGGCGGUUCCACAAAUUUUCCAGGAAUGUCAAAAAGCCACGACAAACCAUCGAAAAAAUGCGGUGGCAUUACGAAAGUUGCAAAUAAAAUGCUCAAGAUAUACGCCUUUAAGCUCUGACGCGUCAAAUGAAGAUUUUGCGGAUGGAGAGUCCGCAUUUAAUAAGGAAUUUGUGCGAAAUCUGAACAAAGUGCUUUCAAUCAAAAAGGGACAAACAAACGCCGAACGUGUUCUUAAAUUCGUGGUGUCGUUUGUGGCAUUUAGCUGUGAAAAAGAUAAUGAAAAGAACGAUGAUGGCUCGGCCGAUGACGACGAUAUCGAGGAGACAUUGUCUUUGCGGUUCAUCGAAUUCCUAAUCAAACAUUUGCUGAAAGGCACCGAGGCUAAAGAUAAAAACGUGAGGUUACGAGUUUGUCAACUAUUGGCUCAUCUGGUGUCAUUCCUUAGAGCCAUUGACGGUGAUCUGUACGAACAUUUAAAGGACGAAUUGACCAAACGUCUACUUGACAAGGAGGUCGGAGUGCGAGUCAAAGCCGUUAUCGCGUAUUCCAAAUUACAAUGUGAUUCUGAAAAUGGAAGAGAAUGCGUUAGACAAUUGCUCGGAAUGUUGAAUAACGACCCCAGCGCUGAAGUUCGACGCGCUGUGCUAUAUAAUAUCGAAUAUAAUGAAGAGACUUUGCCUCAUAUAUUGAAACGCGCACGAGACAUAGACGCGAAUAUUCGUUGUGGCGUGUUCACAAAGUUGACAGAGGAAAUUCGAGACUUUCGAAUAUUAUCUAUCGAAGAUCGCGAAAAACUGUUAAAUUGGGGCCUCACUGACAGGGAUCCUCAUGUCAAGAAGGCAUGUUCGAAAAUGCUUGCGACGAGUUGGCUCCAACACGCGAACGAUAACCUUUUGGAAUUACUUGAACGUCUGGAUGUCGUGGGAAGCAGCAUUGCUCAAGAAGUACUCUUAUCAAUAUUUCGAGCACGACCGGAUAUAACGCAAGUACUCAGCUUUGACGAUACCCUGUGGGAGAAUUUGACGGCUGAAAGUGCCUUGCUUAUGCGAGUAUUCUUUGAAUAUCAUCAUAAAGAUGAUAACGGAAGGCUUGACGAAAUGAUGCCAGAAGUCACCCGGCUCGCUUUCUACAUUCAAAAAUACAAUCACUACAUCUUUCAAACUCAGGAAGAAGAAGAACAAGUUAACUACGUGUUUAUCGUUAGCCAAUUGUUGUCGAUAGCUAAACUAAUGGAUUACGGCGAUGAAGUUGGUCGACGAAAAAUGCAUUCGCUAUUACGUGAAAUGCUCAUGUUGCCUCAAAUCGAAGAAAGUCACAUUGAGAGUAUCAUGGAGGUGAUGAAAAGAAUUUCUAUUAACGAGCGAGAUUUUACACGUUCCAUGAUUGAGAUUAUCUCCGAUAUUCGUGAAGGAAUUGAGGAUGAGGAUGCCUUUUCACGACGUGCGAUUCAAGAUGACCAAGAUCUUACGACAAACAUGUCCCAUCUUAGCAUUAACAUGUCUUCCAUGAGAUUAUCCAUGAGGAAUUCUGACCAAAGAAGAGGUGAAGGGAGAUUGUCCACAAUGACGGCGAGCACUGACAACGACGAGCAGGAAGACAAGGAAUUGAUGUCCGUAAUGCUUAAUUUGAAGAGUUUACACAUAGUACGCCGAAUGCUUGAAAAAAACUCGGAGGAAUUACGACAUAAUCCGUCGAUGCAUGGUCUUUUGAGUGAAAUUAUCAUACCCAACGUGCAAAGUCAUGAGCCGACCUUGCGAGAAUUUGGUGUGCACUGUCUCGGUCUGUGUUGUAUACUUGACCAGCCUUUAGCAAUAGAGAAUUUUAAUCUGUUUAUGCAUUGUGUGAAGCACGGAUUUGAUGAAUUACAGACAAAGUCCUUGAUGAUCAUCUUUGACGUCCUCAUGGCGUACGGCUACUCAACGAUAGUCUCAAAGACACGACAGGGUGGCGAAAUACUCGGUCUCCUGAAUGAUUGCCUAAAACACGAAAAUGAGCAAAUUCAAGCAACUGCCGUUGUGGGAAUAUCGAAACUUAUGCUUUCGAAGAUGUUGCGUGACAAAAAUGUUUUAAAGGAACUCUUGAUGUUGUAUUUUGACAUCAACACCGCUUCCAAUCUUCGCUUGAGACAAUGUCUGAGCUAUUUCUUUCCCGCCUUUUGUCAUUCUUCGUAUGAGAAUCAGUCCAUCAUGCAAGAGAUAUUCCUUUCUACCCUCAUCAGUCUGGUGAACAGAAACAAGAAUCUUGAGAAGAGCGAUGAGACCGUGACAUCUUUUCAAAUAGCACAGCAAUUAGUCGAGUGGACUGACCCGACCAAAGUUAUAAAAUUAGAUCAAUCAGAAGAAAUCGAUGUUGAUAUGGGAUCGCAUGCGAACAUCGCAAUUGAGGUCCUCAAACAUCUUUUCACCGAGACCAACAAGGAUAUAAGGAAGAUCCUUUGCCAAACCCUUAAUAAAUUCCGUAUAGAUGAGUCCGUAGGAAUUUUAAGGAUUAAAAAAUUAACGUGCCUCACUGGAAAUUUAAAAUCCAGGAGGCCGUUACCGGAUUACGCAUCUAAAGUCGCGGUGAAUCGAUUUGAGAACAAUUUACUUCGUUAUUUCGAUGAUGCUUUGGAUUCUUUGGACGACAACGAACUUGAACAAUUAAGGGAUAUUACCGAGUUCGUUGAAAAUCUCGGAGAAAUUGCUCCAACGCUCAGGCCGUCUCGAUCAAGGCAAUCAAAAGUUAAUGCCUUAGCGAAUAUUCAGAGAGAUCAGAGGGUACUCGAAGAAACAUUGGAUUCCGACUCUGAUAUAUAA